AUGAUCAAAAUCGAUUCAAACAAUGCUGGCAGUUGUAGACAAUGUAUUUCUCUCCGCCCAAGCAAUGAAAACCUCAAAUCGUGUAUUGCGAAAGAAGCACUCGACCAGCCAUUUGAUGUCACUCUUGUUGCUGAAGAUGUCGAGUUCAAAGCUCACAAGCAAAUUCUUUCAAAAGCAAGUCCCUUCUUUGAAAAGCUGCUUAACAGUGAGAUGAAAGAGUCUAAGGAAGGAGUUAUUCGCUUGGAGAUGUUCACCGAAGCUGUUAUGAGAAACACGCUGAAGUUUAUCUACAGUGGUCAGGUGGAGAUCGCAGCCGAUGAAGCUCGUGAGAUCAUUGCUAUGGCCGACUUUCUGUUUCUCCACGACUUAAAAACUCUCGCGGAGGGAGUUUUAGCACCGAAACUAGAGCUGAAUAUUUCAAAUUGUCUUUCAAAUUACUAUUUUUUCGAGAGAUAUCAAAGCGAGCAACUUUCUUCCCUAAGCAAAAAAUUUGUUCUCAAAAAUUUUUCCACCAUCUCGAAAACAGAUGCGUUCCUGAAUUUAUCGAGCAAAGAAAUCGAAAUGUGGAUUUCAGAAGACGAAAUUGAAAUAAAUGCCGAGAAAGAUGUGUUUGAAAUAAUUUUAGCUUGGAUAAAUCGUGACAAAAGAGGAAGAAAGAAGUGUUUUGCUGAGCUCUUUUCUUGCGUUCGCCUUGUUUACAUAUCGCGUGACUUUCUCUGCAGCAAUAUUGUGACCGAUGACCUGGUAAAGGACAAUGAUUGCUUAGGUCUCGUUGAAGAGGCUCUGCAAUUGAUUGACGCAGAAGACUUCGACAAUCCAUCAAUCCUACGUCCAAGAAGGUCCCUCGAGACUUCUGUGUUACUAUGUUAUGGAAGCAAAGAUAUUGUGUGCUAUUUUCCUCAGGAGCAUAAGUGGUGCACAGUGGGUGAGAUGCCUUCUAAAUAUAUCAGAAAUGGCCCAGUCUUUUCUUGUCAUGGAAAACUGUAUGGCACUGUUCUAGAAUCAGUGGCUACAAAUGAGCAAUACUGGAAACAUGUAUCCUAUAAUCCAUAUGGUGACAGCUGGGUGCAACUCCCCUCCAUAGAGGAAACUAAAUAUAUGCGUCAAAUAUUUAUCAAAGAUGAAGAUGAAAUUUAUGCCUUGGAAGCAGAACCCUGUACCAAUAGAUCUAAAAAUUUUGAUGAUUUUUGUAGAUUGCAUGCCCGCCGCUUGUUCUGUGAUGAAGAGAAACACAGUUUCUCUAUUACAAAGUACAACCCUGAUUCAAAUUCAUGGGAACUGAUAGGGAGACUGAACCAUCUGCAUUCUAGAGAGGAUAUGUGCAUUGUGGCUCACGAUGACUUUGUGUAUUUUAUUGGUGGAAUAAAAUGGCAACUAGGGAACAAAUGCACCCUUGUGAGUGAUGUUGAAAGGUACCACCUUGGUAAUCACCAAUGGGACAAAAUUCCUAACACUCAUGUGGUUCGAGAUUGGACUUAUGGUGCUGCGGUUGGUGGAAAGGUCUUUAUUGCCGGAGGAAUCAAUGCUGGGGAGGCCAUACAGCCUUGCGAAGUGUAUGAUCCAGCAACAAAUGUGUGGCAGUUUAUUUCAAAUUUUAAGUGUUUUGAUUUCAGACCCAAAGAUUUGAGAAAUCUCUUGUCCAUUGAUGGAAAUUUGUAUGCAUUGCUCCUUGUGAGUGUGGGCAAAUCAGGUUGUAGAGUCAAAGAUUUACACUUGAAAAUUGAAGGCUAUGAUCCAGAGGAAGAUGAAUGGAACCUAAAAACUGAAAUAGCUAUUUCUGUUUGCAAUCACACCUUCAUAAAUGCCUGUUCCGUAAGAGUUUUCAAAGGGUUCCUUGAUAGUCGUCUUCUGGAAAGCUGUGUUCCAGACUUUGUCACAAAAUCUACAAUGUCAUGUGGCUAUGACAAAAAGAAAUGCUCUGUCAUGUGAAAAGUCAAGCAUAUAUUUUUUUUAGGAUUUUUUUUAUCCAAAAACUUAAAUUUACCAGGAAAGAAAAACAUUAUUUAAAACCUAAAAUAAUAUUUUGAUAGGGUUUACAAACACCAAAAAAUAAAAAUAAUAGAACUUCAUCUCAGAAGGAAACUUAAUGGUCAAAGAAUCAGAAGAUGAACAAAUAUAUUCAUGCAAUGAGAGUAAAUUCUUACAAGAAUUUGCUAACUUUUUAGAAAUGUUAGAAAACUAAUCAAGGUGCUAAUAAAGAGAAGAAAGACAUGGAAAAAACAUUAAACUGUUAUGUUAUCUGCUUUUUUCAGGAGGGGGUUACCAUGACAGAGCUCUAAAGUCAGAUCAUUUUAGCUGGUUUUAAGCACAAAAGACUAAGAAGGAAAAUAGCCUUUUUUUUUUUUCCGAGGAGAACCCAUAUGCUAUUCUUUAUUUAGCUUAGGGUUUGGCACAAGUAUGUAAUCAGCAUUUUGUUUACUCAAGAAUUACCGUACAAAGAUAAUACUGAAAAACGGAAUCUGUCUGAACAAAACAUCUUUUGAUUUAUUUCUCUGUUGUUCUGCCUGCUUGUCACCAGUCUCAAUGGGUCAAUCAAUUAGAAGCUUCAACAUCCCCACCCGGGCAUUUGAACUUUUGAAGAAAGGUUUGUCGCAAUUCCAGUCCCUUGGGGCAAAAGCAGCGUUUAAAUGCCACACUCAAGUGCAGAUAUGAACCUGGAAAUGCAUCCAUCGAUCGGGAUCACCAUCCCCUCACCCUACACCCAUUGGUUGGCGUUUUGUACGGUGCCUUCGUCAUUUGGUGAAGACUGGGAACUAACACAGUGGAUCUCCCUUUCAUUUGAAGGAGAAACGUGAAUAAUACACAUGUAGUCCAAAAAUUACAUUACUAGCUCUCGGAAUUGGUGUAACGAAGACAUGGAUGAAAUGAAAAGGGCCCAGGAGAUGUCGUUUCUAAGGCCACAUCAUUCUGUUGAUUUAGCUGAACGAGUGCUGGCGAGUGAACAAGAUUGCGCUGUUUGUGUGUCAAGUAUCAAGUCGAAAGCAUUCAUCGCGUUUAAUGUGAGUCAAGGAUUUUGGAGAAAAAGCGUGAAAUGUGGCAAAAUAAUUCUUCUGGUGGAUGAUGAGAAAGGUGAGGUUGGGUAGUCAAAGCUAUUAUUAAUACACACAGCUUUUUCAACAGGGAGAUGCGGUUAGAUCCGGUGCACCUUAUAAGAGUAAUGUACAGUUAAUAUUUCACGAUUCUGUUAUUCUGCGCUGCUGAGGUAAACAGAAAGUAUUUUACUAAAAUUGAUAGCGUAAGUCAGGAAACUUACCAAAGGCUAGGCAAAUUUUUGUUCUACCUGAAUAGUUUUCUUGCGGUAUUAAAAUACAUUUAAUCUCAAGAUCAAAACGCGAGUUCUCUGCAUUGCGAGCGAUACAUUCCUAAUAAUUUAAUUCCGGGAAUUUGGUUUUAAAUCAUAUCAUAUUGCCUAUUUGGUGUUUUUCUUACUUAUCACCUUUGAGUUUAAAAAAUGUAUUAGUAAUUUAAAGAGAAAUAUAUUUUAGGUCAUGUUUAGGGCUGGUAGCUAUUAAGGGUUACUUGUGCUAACAUUUUAAUAUGUGGGGCAGAAAUUAGGGUUAAGUAUCUUACUGAUCACUGAGUCAUCAUUGCAUACCAGCCAGCUGCAUAAAGAGGUGAUUAGGUUUUCAUAUUGAUCUUCUUCAUUACUUUAUCAGCCACCAUUGUGGAGCCUUUCCUAACAGGAAUAUCAGAGCAAAGUCUCCUAUCUGCCAAAGCAUUUUUCAGUAAAACAGCUGAGGAAGAUGAGUGGAACUUCAUUUUCUCCAUGUAUAACAUCAUAGUGACAACAGGGAAGGCUUUUGCAUGGAUGUUGAUUGCUAGAACAAUGGACCUGUCAUCAUGCAGUUUAAUUAUUUUUGAUGAAUGCCAUCUUGCCUUAAAAGAGGAGAACCAUUUUGCAGUUAUACUAAAGCAAAUGGAACUGAGUAAACUUGAUUCUAGACCACAGAUUGUAGGCCUUUCAUCACAAAUUCUUCGCCAUCAAGAUUGUUCAAAGGAUAUGGAAAUCUUCUUAACCUCACUGGAGCAGAUAUUUCAUUGCAAAACAUUUGUUUCUAGUGAUCUUCUGGCUUUGAACCAAUAUGGAGAAUACACUGAAAUGGAAAUAUGUUGUUUUACCAGCAGUCAUGUCCAGGAUCAAUGUAUUUCCAAUCUGAGUGAUAUUUUACAAAGUGCUUUGUUAUUUCUAAAAGGUUACAGAAUAGAUCAAGUGACUGACACCUGUGUAGCAUUCGUAAGACAUGUUUUGACUGAGGGCUACAGGGUUCUUUUAUUGUUGGGAUCGUGGUGUACCUUGUAUGUGGCAAAAAUCAUUGUUAAGGAGAUUGAAAAGCUGGAGAAGAAGUCCAUAGACAAUGAGAUUGUGCUUAUUUUACAGUUCUGUAGAACACAGAUUAGUUUAGUUAUCAGUAUUUUAGAACAAGAAAAGUUGGAAAUUUCUGAGAAUGACUUAACUGAUUUAGGAACAAUACUUCUCUUUCGCACAUCCAUGCAUUUAAAACCUGAACACCAGCAGAAAAAUGACUCAGAGAAAACUUCAGAUACUGAUCAGAGCCUAUGCAAGGAACCUAACCAGUCCACCGAAUCACUUGUCAUAGGCCAGAAUCCUUCUUGUGAACGUCAAGACAAUCCUCAAGCCACAAAUCAUUCAAAGUUGCAAGCAUCUUAUGGGACUAAAACUCAAUGCAACGAUCCUCUUUGUGUUAUUCUUGUUCCUAGCACAAUUGUUGCAAAGGCACUGAAUUCACUUCUUAACAAACUGUCCAGUACAGUUUUCAAGUACAGCUUCCUUAGGAGUGCAUGCAUCUAUGGUAAUAAAGCAAAACAAGAAAUGAAAGAGUCAAAUUUUUCUGAAGAAGUGGAUGACAGUGUAAUGGUGUGUGUUCAAGAUGGUUCUGUGAAUGUUCUGGUUGCAACAUUUGAAAUUGAACAAGAACUGUAUGCCAAGAGAUGUAGUCUGUUGAUUCGUUUGGGUAUGCCAAAUACUUACAAGAGUUAUUACAGCAUAAAGAGUAAACUGAAGUCUGCUGGAGGCAACCUUGUAGUUCUUGUGAGAGAAGAAGAACUGCCUAAGACAGAGGAGAAAUACCAGGUACUGUUUAUACAUGUAAUUGGUUCAGAGGAAUCUUUGGAAUUCAUUAUGGUGAAACCUGGGAGGAACAGACUUUCUUAAACCUGAAAUUACAUCCUUCAAAAAAUUUUGCUAGUGGUUAAAAUUGCCAUGAAUGGUGCUAGACUGUUUACGAAAUAAAUGUGAAGGCAGCUUUGAGUUACAACUACAAAUUCCAGAGUGGUUUUUGUUCUCAGAUGCACAAAAUUUGGUGAUUUUGCAUUCAUUUGUUAGUUUGCAAAGAUUGGGAUCAAUAGCUAAGCUAAAAGAUGUUUAAUUUGAAUAGGUAAAUAUGAUAAACGAGCUUAUAUUUUGUUUACCUUCACUGCAACUAAAGAUAUCAUUAUUGCUUGCAGACUUUUCAGAGGAUAGAGAAACUUUUAAUAGACAGGUGUCCAAACAGCCGGCCUCCAGGUUCAGAGAUAAGGAAACUGUUUCAAGAGAGCCUGGUGGAUGUCUAUCAACCCUUUGGUGAAGUAGGUGCUGAGGUUGAUCUUCUCUCCAGUAUUGCUCUGGUUAACAGGUGCGAAUGGCAAUGUUAAAUUUAGUCAAAUGACAAUUACACAAAGUUGACUGUAAUAAACUAAAACUUAGGAGGCUUGUUUGGUCAGGGCCUAGGCUCAUAUAUAACAGUGCAACUUCAUAACAGCUGGCAUCUUUGAGUUCUUGAGUGAUUUAGUCAUAGUUACUCCACAGCAGUUCAAAGACAGAAAUAGUCAUUUUCAAGCAUUCCCCCACCCAACCCCUCCUGUUUUUUUUUCUCCUAACACUGGUCCAAUCAAUGUCAACAGUUGCCUGGAAUAGGGGCUUAUGUUAAGGUUGCCGAGAUGUGCCAGGCAUGGGGGUAGUUUCUCAUUUGGGGGCUGGCUGGACAAAUGGAAACCUCUACAUACUCCAGCCCACCACCCUCUCUCCAUUUCAGUGCAUCAGUGGGUAAUUACUCAAGUCCAUAAUACAUGUUUCUUGGUUUCCUCUUUUUCCCUUGCUUGUGAAAAAUGUACUGUGCAAGAAAAACAUAAUUUAUAGAUUUCAUCUCAAGUAAUCAGCCAUUAAAAAAUAACUCUUAGUAUCAAUCCUAUGCACUGUUAACUAGUUAUUGUAGCAAGUUCCCCAGUGGCGGAAUGGGCAAUCCAGUCCCUGUGUGUAGAAUACAAGAAGUGUGGUCUGACCAGGAAGUAAAGUUUGUUGCUACGCUGCACCUCCCCCGAAACUCUCCUGUUUACCAACCUACAAAGGUAUGAUUAUUAAAAACUCAUUAAUUACAGGGAAUGGGAACAAUCAUGAUUAGCUCAUGACUAGUGUUACUGAAAUUUAAUGUUCUCUUUUGUGGUUUUGUUGAACCUCAGCCUGUUUUUAUGAGCUUUUCAGUAUCCACCAUAUAUUAUGCCUUGCAAUGCUAUUUUAUAAAAGCAGCGACUCGAAAAGACAAGUGUGUACUAGAGCCUGGUCUUGUGGCUUGCAUCCAGAUAUUGACUCUUUGACUCCUAAAAGUGAUUCGUAUCUUAUUUCUCCUCGCAAUAUUACCACUGAAAUCACACUUUAAGGUCACUAGAAUAAAAGAAUGAUCACCAAAUAAAAAAGCUCUUAUGGAGUGUAUUGGGAGCAGUAUGAAGGAAACGCACAGUGAUGUUAGGGUGCAAACGUUUCAGUGGAUCCUCAUUCGAAGAUUUGUUUCCCUUAUUUAUUUUCGCAUAUUUUGUCAUCCAGGGCAGUGUAACACUGAAGAAGACUGACAUUAAUGAGGAUGAAGUGAGAAAAGCCAGAGUCAAGUGUGAAAUGCUUGCUGCUCUGGAGGCUUGUCGUCUGUUGCACGUAAGGGGAGAACUGACUGACGAUCUUCAACCUGUAUUCAGGUACACUUAACUAGCUUAAUACAGUAGAACCUAGAUUUAACGAAACUCUAUAUAACGAAGUCCUCGGUAUAACGAACGGUACUCUUCAGCCCGACCAAAGUUACUGUAAAAUGUAUUAGACAAAACCUCGAUGUAACGAACUUCGAUAUAACGAAGUCCUCGUUAUAACGAACAUACUGCAGAAGCCCAAACGUCUAACAUACCCCGAUAUGACAAACAACUAACUUGUAAAAAACUCCCUAAAGACAUCUACGACAGUUAGACGAAACGCAAUCCUGAAAAGCAAUCCUUAAUGAAUUGCUUUCUUCAACACUCAAGGGAAAGUUCCUGUGCACAGAUAACAAAUCUGCAGAACCCUUGAACCCUAGCACGUAAUACAUAAAAGAUCAAUAAAUGCUCCAUAAAUCAAGUAAAAGGAAGCUUCAAUGCAUCAACUACUAGGUGGGAUCCACAUCACAAUGUACCUUCUCUGGGUUCAACAUACAGCUUGUAGCAUUUCUGUCAUAUCGCCCUUUUUUCCUCAUCCAUAUUUCAAUUGAGAAUCAUACUUGUUAUUCUUGAAGAUGAUGCACCCCAUGUCUUUUCCAAUUCUUCGUAGGUUGCGCGCUUAUAAUCUUACGGCUCAACAUGAACCGUGUGACUUUGAAGUUGCGGAUGGUGGUGUCGGAAUGGACGGAACUAUAAAGAGAAACCGAGCUUACAAGAAAAAGGUACCAACAUGGUUUCCAUUUCUCGCUUUGCCUACCCUCGAUUUAUCCUCGAAAUCAAAUCAAGUCAACUUUAUUCACCCACAGUUAUUCCUUCAGGAAUUGUAAGAUUAUGAAUAAAAUAUACAUACGAACACUAAGUUACCUCCUACAACGUUGUACUUCUGCUCGUACCAAAAUGAUAAAAUAGAUAAUUCACCUGAUUUACAAGAAUGUCGUGUUACAGAUAUAAUAAAAAUUUAAGUGGUUGAAAAAUAAAUGGAACUCGCUUCGUCGAGAUCAGAGACAACGGGUCUUUUAAGAUUUUUUCACAAGAAGAUUAAAAAUAAUUGUCACAGCGUUUACACGGAAAUCCUGACAAUCAGUCUAUUUUUUAUUGUUUAUAUUGAACUAGAAGCAUAUAACUUAGAACUAGGCUAUGUGUCACUGACUCAAUGUAAUAGCUCUUCUUCAAAAAUCUCUACGGCAUCUGUUGCACUCGAGGUUUACAAUGGCUCUUUUUGAUUUCCUUUGCAGUUCCCUACCCUGCUAGAAAAUAACUUCCCCGUUUGCGACGAACCAUGUUAUGUUUAUGCUCUCUCCAUGGAGUUGACCAAACCGUUGAACUUUGAACGUGCUGUCAGGUCAAGAAGUAAAAUGCAGUCUACCUCAGGUUCUUACAGUCUUGGGAUUCUAUCCAGAAAACAACUACCCAAGGUUAGACGAAUAUACUUGGCGUGAAUAAGGAUCAUGGAAGGGUAGGGUGGGUGGGGGGGGGGUGGUGGGAAAGGGGAGGAAGGGGAGGGUUAAUAAUUCAAAAUAAAGGCAGCAUAGUUCGCAAAGUGUGAAGUUAUAAAACUGUUAGAAAAGGAACGUCUUAUUUGAGUCUUUUUGUAGUUUAAGACUCUAAUCAACCGAAUUUGCCCUCGGACUGAUUUCGUUUCAACCUUAUUGAAUAUUUCCAAACUUAAAGGAAAAUAUGAAAUGAACCCUCUAAAAUGAUAUUUCAUACAUUCAACGGAUCUUUUUUUGCUAAAAAUGUGUUAACUAGAAGCCCCUUAUUUGAUGGCAAUAGAACUGAUAAAUGCAAUUCAAAUUGUGAUCUUGUUUCCACUCCUCACUUUUAAGCUUUAAUUAAAAUGAAGAUGUAUUUUCAAUUCUUUCACAGUUGCCUUGUAUGGCAAUAUUUGACAGAGCAGGGGAGGUAACUGCUUCUGUUACUGAGUGCUGUCCUUAUCCCAUUGUCCUGACCGCUGACCAGCUUUCACUCCUGCAGAGAUUCACCGAGUAUGUCUUCAAGGAGAUCGCAAGACCGAAAAAGGAAUCUCCAGCAACCUUCAUAUCGUUUGACCCAACCAUUGCUUCCUCUGGGUAUUACAUUGCACUUCUAAAGGAUGUCUCCAGUAGACGCUCUCUCGCUGGCACUUCUCGAAACAAUCACAAGGAAAUUGCGUUUGAUUUCAUAUUCUCCUUAGAGAGUAAACUUGUCAGCUUUAAAAAUCCUGUCUAUCCAGGGCCACCUGACAUCACCAACGCUGAGAUUUUCAGAGAUGCAGUUGUAACAGCCUCUUACAACGAGAAACGAAGCCAUUACUAUGUGGCUGAAAUAUGCUACGAUCUCAGCCCAGCAGACCCAUUUCCAAAUACUGACGUAGCUGGUACUUUUGCAGAGUACUUUAAAAUUCGUUACGAUGUGGAGGUAUCCUUGGACCAGCCCAUGCUAGAUGUGGAUCACACAUCAUCACGACUUAACUUCCUGUUACCGAGAUACCAGAACUUCAAGGGACAACACCUGGCUAUACCAGAGAAGAAUUCCAAGCGGUCAAAGAGGUCUAAGGUGUUUAUGAUUCCUGAGCUGUGUUCCAUUCAUCCUGUGCCAGGGUACCUCUGGCGGCAGUUGUCCAAUCUGCCAGCCUUACUGUACCGUAUGGAAUCACUUUUGGUUGCUGAGGAGCUGAGAUGCCGGGUUGCAAGGGAUCUUGGUAUAGGAGCUGUGGAUUGGCCAAAUGAUGUUCCACUGCCAGUAGUGACAAUUGGAGAGAUGAUGGGCGAGGAAAUUCUGUCAGAAAAAUAUUCUUCUGCAGGUGAGAAAAACAGCAAGAGGUCCUCUGCAGUGGCUGAAGACAACCCGAGCUCUCCUUUCUCCACAGACCUUCCCGAAGUGUUUAUGGAUCUCAAGAUUUCCAACCAAGUAGAACUGACUGAGAAAUCUGCUGCCAAAAGUCUUGCCGUGGAGCUCUUUCAUGAUGCCACAGCGUACUGUUUGUCAAUGAGUUCUGAGAAGUUUCUGUUUGAAAAUUAUUGCACUGAAAAAGAAUGCAAACCACUCUUUCGUCCAGCACCUCAUCAAAGUCCUCUGACCUUCAGUAAAGAAAAAGAAGACAUUUGGCCACAUAAGCUGUCGGAUUUUAAUGUACCCCUUCCUACAAAGCCCAGAGCAUUUGACUGCGAUUCAAUAUUAGUAGAUGACAGAGAAAGCGAAGUGUCUGCCAUCUCAAUUUGGACGGACCCGCUUCUUUCAAACUUCUAUCGAACCUGUGGCCCGUCAUCAUCCUUGAUUCUACGUGCCCUGACAACAACCUCGGCUGGAGAUGUAUUUUCUCUCGAGCGUCUUGAAGCUCUCGGCGAUUCGUUUGAGAAAUUUGCCAUAUCUUCUUCCGUUUUCUUCAAACACAGGCUCGAGAACGAAGGCGUUCUAUCUUUCCUUCGGGGUAUCAAAGUUAGCAACCGGCAGCAGUUUUACCUGGCAAGGCGACGUGGUCUCCCGUCCUAUAUGUUUACCCGAAUGUUUAACCCUUUGGUAAAUUGGCUGCCGCCUGGAUUCUAUCUAAACGACGACAGCAACGCUGGAAACUCGGGUUACGAACAUCUCUCCUUGAUUCCAGACACAUUUUCCGAUGAGGUUGAUGACGAGGAAGACGAUGAAAGUAUUUUCGCGGAGACGGAAAGUUCAGGUUACAACGCUGAUUCCCAGCAGGGUGAAUCCACUGACGUCCAACUUAACUCCUACCUUCAUGUCUGCUGCUCUGAUAAGUCCAUUGCUGAUUGCACGGAAGCCCUUAUUGGUGCAUUCCUUUUGUGUUUUGGAUCCGACGGGGCUUUCAAGUUUCUGGAAUGGUUGGGUAUGGAAAUAGCGAGACAGGAGAAAGAUGAAAACUUAGUAGAUAACUCAUCUUCUGACGAUUUCGCUCUCGAUUCAGUUCCCAAACCAACUUCGACCAUAAAAUUCCACGAUGUACCUCACCAAGCUCCUGAAACAAUGGUAGAAAACAUGUCGUCAAACGACGUAACUGUUCCUAUUCCACCUAUCGGUGGGUUCUCUUCUGAACAUGGGUCGACUAAUGACGAGUUCAAGGACGUGGAGGAAGCUCUACAUUAUCACUUCCACGACAAAUCUUUGCUACUGCAAGCCUUCACCCAUUGUUCCUUACCACGGGACUAUAACUCUGUCAGAAACAGCUAUGAGCAACUGGAGUUCUUGGGAGAUGCAUUGUUGGAUUUUCUAGUAAUGCGCCAUUUGUACACACAACACAGACACAUGUCCCCAGGCGAGCUGACUGAUCUGCGAUCUGCCGUGGUAAACAACUACAGUUUUGCUGUUCUGGCGGUGAAAUUGGGCUUUCCUAGACAUUUGAGGUCAUUGUCGCCACAGCUGUUUGGCAUGGUGAACACUUUUGUGGUAAAGCUGAAAGAGAAAGAGAUGAAGCAUGCGACAACACAUGAGAAGAAUAACGAGGUGAGAUGAAGUUAUAGUGAGGAAGAUGCUGCUUCGGGGUAUAAACAAAUUAAUGGAAGCACAAGAUGUACGAGUCGAGAAUCUCGACGCGCAUAACGUCGUUUGAUUAAAGCCCCCGAUGAAUGAAGGAUGUAGCUCUUCAUCUUCCGACUUAUAAAAGCUUUCCUUCUGAUUCCAGAUUUACUCCAGUGUUUUUGUGAUGGCGACCGAGGGUAGAGAGGAUUCUGAGCAGGUAGAGGUACCUAAGGCAUUGGGUGACCUGUUUGAGGCUGUCGCUGGUGCAAUUUACUUGGACUGUGGCGCAGACCUUGAAAGGGUGUGGGAAAUCUAUUUGCCCAUUCUCAAGCCCUCGAUAGGUGAGUAUGCAGAUAUCUCCUUUACUGAAUUACACCUAUAGUUAAUUUUGCUUUACUUCAUUCUGUAACUGGACUCAAAAACGUGCGCCAACUUUUCAAACACUCAGAAGUGAAUAAAAUUGUUAAAGCCUUGGUCACCUUCAUUUUUCCUCCCGUCGAACAGUUUUUUCGUUUUUACUUUGGUUUUGGCCUAACGUUAGUUAUACACAGUUGCUCCAAUGUUUGUGGUUUAUUCUUUAGAUUAUUACUCAGACCAUCCUCCCAUGUCAGCCGUGCGGCGAUUGUUGGAGAUGAUGCCCGGUGCAGCCAAGUUUUCGUAUGUACCACUCGUAUUCUUUAUUUAUAACGUUUAAUUGUGGAUACAGUGACAUUUCUAUUUCGAAGGAAGAACACUUUCGUAUAGCUCUCAGACAGCUGUGUCAGUUUUGGACCAGUUGAUCACAAAGCUCAUCAGGUCAAUUUCUUUUUUUCCUCAUUUUGUCCUUUUUUUUCAAUUUCUUUUUGUGGAAACACUUUAUAGGCCGGUCGAGAGAAUGGUGGAUGGUAAAUUUAAAUGUACCCUGACUGUAUCAGGUUGUGGAACUUUCGUUGCUACAGGAAGAAAUUUCCGAAUUGCAAAAUCAACAGCUGCCCAGAAAGCGCUGAGGGCUCUUCAGCAGAUGGAGUCAGAGACAAAAACAUAAAACACAUGAUUGUCACUGACAUUUUCUCAGUUUUACGAAGAAAGGUGACAGAUGUAUGUCACGAAUUGACAAGCUACAGAUGAACGCUGAGUUAACGCCCGCGAGCACUUUUAUUCGCGCGAGCAGCAAAACUCCCGCUACAAAGUAGUUUUUAAACGACUAAUAACGUGGUUAUUAAUUGGCUGAAUUAUUAAGUUGCUCAUUUUUUUAAUUUCAGAAAAAGAUUUCAUUUAUCUCUUACAGAUUCAGUUUGUUGAGUUUGUUUAUCACAUCAACACUGAUGCAGUCUAUUUACCCUUAGUUUUUAUCAGUUCGGUAUUUUUAAUUGAAAUUAUCAACUACCGCUUGUCAAUGGACGGUAAGAGAUUUUUAUUGCUGUACGAGGAUACAUUUUGUGUGUUAUAUUUUACGGUUUACACGGUGCACACAUUCUCUAAUAAAUUACUUAUUAUUACUUCGAGUUUCUUUUACAAGCCAACUUUCAUUUAAAUGUGUUAUGUAUAUACAGUUUUUAUGAAAUUUCCAACUCCGAAUUUUGCAUUUCUAGUGUUCUGAUUGGUUCAAUCAACUCCAGUUAUCAGCUCAUAUUCCGAGUCACUUUAUAUGGAAAUGUAUUGCACCAAUUGUUGCAGAGCUGAAAAAGCUCCCAACAUCGAAACGUUCAAGAUUUAAUGAAAUUUAAUGAAACAAUUAUUCCAUUGGUGCUUGUUGGCGCGCUCAAGGAAUGAUUGUUAAUUAAUCUUAUUUAAAUACACAUAGCAC